CCCGCUUCCCCGCCCCUCCCCGCGGCCUCCCCGCCCAGUGCCGGAGUUAUCCCCCGUGCCCUCUGUUCCCGUUCCUGCUGUUGCUGCCGGCCCGCCACUGUUCCCGGCUCCGCGGGACAUAGCGGGGCUCCCGCAGCCGGACUGCGCAGCACCAUGUGGCUGCAGGCACUGCUCUUCCUCGCCCCCCUUCUCCUCCUCCUCGUCGUCCUGCUGUCCGUCCUGUCCCUCGUGCUCCCGCGGGUCAAGGGCACCCACAACCCCUUCGCCACCGACAGCCGCCGCCCGCCCGCCCCGCUCGUCACCGACAAGGCUGUGCGCAGGACAGUCGUCAAGACAGUGUUCUCGGCAGAGAAGGUGCCCCAGGGGCUCGAUGCCAUCGUGGUGGGCAGCGGCAUUGGUGGCCUGGCAGCUGCGGCACUGCUGGCCAAGGCCGGCCGGCGCGUGCUGGUGCUGGAGCAGCACGGGAAGCUGGGGGGCUGCUGCCACACCUUCACUGAGAAGGGCUUUGAGUUUGACACUGGCAUCCACUAUGUGGGGCAGAUGCAGCAGGGCUCCAUGAUGCGGUUCCUGGUGGACCAGCUGACAGAUGGGCAGCUGGAAUGGGCCCCACUCCCGGACACCUACGAUGCUGUGGUUUUGGGGGACCCCCAGGGUGCUGGCAAGACCUUCCACAUCUAUUCAGGGAAGAGGGAAUAUUUCCAGAAGCUGAAGGAGCAGUUCCCCGGGGAGGCGGCGGCCAUUGAUGAGUUCCAGCGGUUGGUGAAGAGCACUCGUCGUGGGGCUGUGAUGGUGGGGAUACUGAAGAUGCUCCCACGGUUCCUGGCCCGGCUCCUGAUCUGCUCCAGGCUGCUCCCACACCUCUGCUCCUUCUUCCGCUUGGCCUCACGCAGCGUCAAGGAGGUGGUGGAUGGUCUCACCACCAACCCAGAGCUCCGGGCUGUCCUCAGCUACAUCUUCCUUACUUAUGGUGCGCUCCCCUCCAAUUCCAGCUUCUCCAUGCACAGCAUCCUGGUGAACCACUUCCUCCCUGGUGCGUGGUACCCCAAGGGUGGCGCCGGGGAAAUCGUCUUCCACACCAUUUCCGUGAUCCGGAAGGCUGGAGGCAAUGUGUUUGGGAAGGCGCCGGUGCAGAGGAUCCUGCUGGACGCCCAGGGCAGAGCCUGCGGUGUGAGUGUCAAAAAAGGCCAAGACUCAGUGGAUAUCUUUGCUCCCGUGAUCAUUUCAGACGCCGGGAUCUUCAACACCUACGAGAGGCUGCUGCCGGCGGAGGCGCGGGCUCUGCCGGAGAUCCAGUCCCAGCUCCACAUGGUAGACCACGGUGAGGGGAGCUUCACUGUCUUUGUUGGCCUCAGCGGCUCGAGGGAAGAGUUGGGGCUGGAACCCAUCAACUACUUCAUGUUCCCAGGGAACGACCUGGAUGGAAUGGUGAAGCGCUACCUGGCUUCACCCAGAGAAGAAGCUGCCGACAACAUCCCUGUCCUCUUUGUCACCUCGCCAUCAGCCAAGGACCCCACCUGGGAAAUGAGGCACCCAGGUAAAUCCACGCUGGCCAUCGUCACCAUCGCCAGGUACGAGUGGUUCAAGGAGUGGAAGGACAAGCAGGUUCACAAGCGGGGGGAUGACUAUGAGGACCUGAAGAAGACUUUUGUGGAUGCCAUCAUGCAGACUGUCCUCAAGCUCUACCCUCGCAUUGAGGGCCGGAUCGAGUACCUCUCGGGUGGGACUCCCCUCACCAACCAGCACUACAUCGCCAGUCCUCAGGGGGAGAUCUAUGGAGCCGACCACAACAUCGCCCGCCUGCAGGCUGAAACCAUCGCCGCCGUGCGGGCAGAGACAGCCGUGCCCAACCUCUACCUGACAGGGCAGGAUUUGUGCCUGGGGGGUUUCAUGGGAGCCCUGCAAGGAGCCGUCAUCUGCGCCAGCACCAUCCUCAAGCGCAACCUCUACGUGGACUUGGCGCGGCUGAAGAAGCGCUUGCAGGACACCAACUCCAAGAAGGGAGACUAAAGCCUGCCAUCCCACCACCAGGGACCUCUGCUCCCCUCCACAUCACUCCCACCUCACUCUCAGCUGUCACACACCUGUAGCAGAUUCUGUGUUGCCCUGGUUUUUCUGAGAUUUUUUAAAGCCUUCUACUUAUUUGUAAGAUAGAGUCAGUUCUGUAGCUACUGUUGCGAUAUUAAGGUUCAGUCUUUCAUUUUCUCACGCUUUGGAACAUAAACAACCUUUCUUGUUUUUGUUCACUGUCCUUUGCUUACAUAUUUCCAGCCUGAAAACAAUGUUGGUUGACAGCUAGCAUAGCCAGUGGGGUGAAGGGGUAGUAACCCCAAGAUCCAAUGUGCUUUCAGACCCACAAAAUUAUAAAAGGAAAGAAAUAAACAGGCUGGCGCUCUUUUUCUCGGUGGGGAGCAGCUUUCACUGAA